GGAAGAGGGAGCGGACAGAGGAGAGCAAAACAGUUGUUUUUCUAAGCCCACGCGUCUCACACAGAGACGUGUCUCACCAAAAGAGAGGGAAGAUUUUUUUGUUUUCUUCUCUUAAUUUUCUCACACUGGAUCAUAUGGAAUUAAAACGUUGUUAAACUGGGAUUUACUUCAAUCUGAAUUCAGCUGUGAAACAGAUUUCAUCUCAGACUGAUUCUUCUUGAGGGACUAGUUUUAUUAGGAUCCUACUAGUUGUCAUAAUACCAGUCUGUCUCUGAGAUGGGGUCCAGAACUCUUCUACUUGUUCUGGGUCUUCAUUUCACUCUACUGGUGAACAUAGAGGCCAGAGUUUGCAGCCUGGGCUUCAUUGCCAAUGGGAGACAACAAUGUGAUGAUAUAGAUGAGUGUAAAGAGUGGGACAGUACCCCACCCUGUGGAAGUAAUGCUACGUGUUCCAACACAUAUGGAAGCUUCUACUGUCACUGUCUACCUGGGUUCAGAUCCACAACAUCUUUCAAGUUUACUCCUUUCGCUGGGGAGUGUAAGGACCUCAAUGAGUGCCUGGAGAACCCACAGGUUUGUGGCAGCAACACCAUUUGCCUCAACACCAUCGGGAGCUACAACUGCCAGUGUCAACCUGGGUUCAGAGUUACUUACGCUGGACACUGUGCAGACAUAGAUGAGUGUAAUGAGAUCGCUGGUAUCUGUGGAGUAGGCGGGGACUGCCAGAACCAGAAAGGAAGCUACAGUUGCCUCUGUCACCCUGGAUACAGUAACUACGACAACAAACAGGCUCAGUGCUCAGUACUGACCUGUGAGCAGUUCAAAGCGAAUGAGACUCCUGGACAGAAUGUCCCAGGUUUAGCUGGUCUCCUGUCUCUGAUGAGGAAAAGCUGUCUGGCAUUAAGUAACUCUGGGGAUGCAGCCGGAGGGAGACUGACUGGAGAGGUGUUACUGGAGAAUGUCUUCACGGAGAUGGACGGCCUCUUGUCUCACGCUAUCCUAAACAACAGCCGGGAGGUGAGUGGAUUGCUAGGCACCAUGGAAGACGCCAUGAGGUUCAUCGGGCCGCAGCUCAGAGACACCCACACCACCAUGGAAACAGACCACACAGCGACUGAGCUUGCAGUGAGGAGGGGACAGACUCCGCCCACUGGGCCAAUCAGCCUGGCCAAUGACAACGCUCGGCUGGAUACCAGCUGGGAGACAGCCACCGGCAACGGGACAUACCCAGGUUUUGCUCUGGCUGGGUUGGUGUCUUUCAAGACAGUGGAGAGAUCUGUCAACAACUCCUUCCAGUACCUCACAGACACAGACACAGCAACCGCCACAGCAUCAAAGCCUAGCUACCAGAUCAGUUCCAAGGUGGUAACAGCUUUUGUCAGUAACCCAGCAACAGACCACCUCACCCAGCCUGUCAUCCUCACCUUCAAACAUCUACAGGUGAGGGCGGAGUCAAUGGAGAUGAACUACACCUGUGUGUUCUGGUCGGAGGGGCGUGUCCAGGAAGAGGGAGGGGCGUGGUCAAGGAGUGGCUGUACCAAAGUCACAUCUAACGCUACACACACCGUGUGUUCCUGUUCCCACCUUAGCAGCUUUGCUGUUCUCAUGGCCCUCUACCCUGUACAGAACACCUUUGAGCUGCGUCUGUUGACGUGGCUGGGUCUGUCGGUGUCUGUGGUGUGUCUGUUGCUGUGCAUCCUGACCUUCUGGCUGUGUCGGUCCAUCCAGGGGACACGCACCACCAUCCACCUCCACCUCUGUGUCUGCCUCUUCAUCGCUGACCUCGUCUUCCUCAGCGGUAUCUCUCACACACAGAGCAAGGGAGGAUGUGGGUUUGUAGCAGGUCUCCUCCACCUGUUCUUCCUAGGAUCCUUCAGUUGGAUGUUGUUAGAGGGGGUUCAGCUCUAUCGCAUGGUGGUCCUGGUCUUCAACACUACCAUAAGACCUCUGUACCUGUAUGCUGUGGGAUAUGGACUGCCACUGACUAUAGUCAUCAUCUCUGCUAUCACCUACCCAGAUGGAUACGGUACCACACAACACUGUUGGUUGUCUCUGGAGAGAGGAUUCAUCUGGAGUUUCUUUGGCCCAGUGUGCACCAUCAUCAUCCUCAACACUUUCUUCUUCAUCAUCACUGUCUGGAGGCUGGCCCAGAAGUUCUCUAGUCUCAACCCUGACCUCUCCAACCUACGCAAGAUCAAGGUGUUCACAGUGACAGCAGUGGCCCAGCUGUGUGUGUUGGGUACUAUGUGGAUAUUUGGAGUGUUCCAGUUCCAAGAGGAGGGGACAGUGGUCAUGACAUAUCUCUUCACUAUCCUCAACUCUCUACAGGGAGCACUGCUGUUCAUCAUGCACUGCCUACUGAACAAAACGGUUAGAGAGGAGUAUUGCAAGCUGCUGUCCUGUAUCUGCACACCACAGAAGAAGAGAUACUCAGAGGUCAGCACUACCAACCCUUCUUCCAGCCAAUCCCAGGGGUCAAGGAGCGCAGAGAACACGGGGGAGUCGCAGAUAUGACAUCACCAAACCCCCAUAAUGCACCUCUUUACUUCUCCUCCCAUGACAAAGGUUCCCACCAGAUGGCCAAACUGUAAAGUCAAAAUGGUCGAUAUCGUAAACAUUUAUGUGAAGUGUUUCUGAUUUAGUAUCUUGGCCAGAUAGUGACACACCAGAAACACUCAGCCGGAGGAUAGUACUGUUCAGACCAGGUUAGUAGAAAAUGUGUCCAACUAUCCCGCCGGAUAAGCAUUAGGUUAUCCAAUCAGAAGUUAUAUGAUCUUCAUGUCAUCCAAUAGGAAUGAGUAUGAUCUUUAUGUCAUCCAAUUAGAAGUUAUGUGAUCUUCAUGUCAUCCAAUAGGAAUCUAUAUGAUAUUUAUGUCAUCCAAUUUCACAACCACAAAAGAAAGGUACUAUUUUCCACCACUUGGAUGAAACCAUAAACGUGAUGAACAGAAGCUUUCUUCCUUUACAUGAAUGUGAUAGAUUUAUAGUCAUAUUUAUUACCAAGGGAACAAUAUAUGGUGACUUUUCUACACGAUUAAAUCCAGAGGGAUUUAGAAAAACAUUAUGUGAAGAUAUGUGUUAGUUGUGACCUAAUGGACUGUUUUACUGUAAAUGUGUAUUGAUCUUUAACACUUUUUAAAAAACAUUUAUAAGUCUUUAUAAAUGAAUAUACAUGUUUAUAAAUUAUUAUAAAUGUUGUACAUUUUUUAUGAAUGUAAGGCUGGUAAUAUUUACACAUUCUUAUAAAUGUUUAGAAAUAUAAAUGUAAAUAGUUUAUAAAUCGUUAAAAGGUUUAUUCAUGAUAGUUAUUUUAAAGUGCUACCAUUGACACCUCUAUGUAUAUAAUGAGAUGCGAACACUUGCAGUGCUUCUGUCCAAAAACAGCAUUUAUCAACAGGAUUUCAGAAAUCCCAGUGGUGAGAUUUCCACAAUCAGGAGGAAAUAAACCUGGGUAAAGCAACUGUUAAAACCUAACAAAUUAGCCUGUUAAAACCUAACAAAUUAGCCUGUUAAAACCUAACAAAUUAGCCUGUUAAAACCUAACAAAUUAGCCUGUUAAAACCUAACAAAUUAGCCUGUUAAAACCUAACAAAUUAGCCUGUUAAAACCUAACAAAUUAGCCUGUUAAAACCUAACACAUUAGCCUGUUAAAACCUAACAAAUUAGCCUGUUAAAACCUAACAAAUUAGCCUGUUAAAACCUAACACAUUAGCCUGUUAAAACCUAACACAUUAGCCUGUUAAAACCUAACAAAUUAGCCUGUUAAAACCUAACACAUUAGCCUGUUAAAAUUAGCCUGUUAAAAC